CAAAACACACACACGCGAAGGAGGUGCGUUGCUUGUGAAAUUAAUAUUUAUCAUCGAUCUUACAGAAUGGGCGGCUGGGCGUUGGAAAUCGGAAAAAUGGCCCUCUACAUGACCUUCCCGGUGGCAAUGUUCCACUGGUUCAAUCAGCCGGAAUAUUUCGAGAAGUGGGUGACCGAUACGAGACGGCAGCUGUACCCACCGGAAAACCCACAGCACCGGGCUGAGAUCGAGAAGUGCAUCCGCAACGUACGGGACCGCCACGAUCAGGAGCUGCUGAAGGCACUGGAAGAGAUGGAGAAUAAGGAAAAGAAAUAAUCGACUGUGCCGCUGCAAUCAUUCUUCGCAAUGUAUAUAAUCUGUUUUUCGUUAGAAUAAAAUUAAAGCUAGUAGUCGCUAUGAUGUUGAGCUCAA